AUGAUUUCCUGGAUUAAAGCUUGUAUGAGUAGCCCUUCCUUCUCUAUCUGUAUCAAUGGGAGUUUUCAUGGCCAUUUCAAAGGUGCUAGAGGUCUUAGGCAGGGUGACCCCAUGUCCCCUUAUCUUUUGGUUUUGGCCAUGGAAGGCCUUGCUAGGAUUCUUGAUGAGAAGACCAAGCAUCCUUUGUUUAAAUUUCACUGGAGAUGCGAAAAAACUAAGAUUGUUAAUCUUUGUUUUGCUGAUGAUCUCAUGAUUUUUAGCAAAGGGGAUGUUAACACUGUGCGCAUGAUCAUGGUGGGUUUGGAGGAAUUUAGCUCACUAUCUGGCCUCACCCCUAACCCUAGUAAAAGCAAUGUGUUCUUUUCUGGAUGUAACAAGAAGUUAAGAGAUGACAUUCUUCAAAUUGCAUCUUUCUCUGAGGGAACUUUGCCGGUUAAAUACCUUGGUGUCCCUCUUAUCACAACUAAGCUGAAAGCUUCUAAUUGUAAACAACUUGUUGAUAGAAUCACUAAGAGGAUUAGUUCUUGGACCAAUAAACUUCUUUCUUAUGCCGGUAGAUCCCAACUGAUCCAAACCAUCUUGAAGCACUGUGCUAAAAUUGCUUGGGAUAAAGUUUGCACCCCUAAAAAAGAGGGGGACCUUGGCUUCAAAUCUCUUGAGGUUUGGAAUAAGGCUGCCAUAGCCAAGCAUGUCUGGUUCCUUUUCUCUGGUGGGACUAAGUCUAUGUGGUGUCAAUGGGUGAAAUCCUAUCUCCUUAAGGGGAAGAGUUUUUGGAAAGUUAAGUCUCCUAGUGACCCUUCUUGGGUUUGGAGGAAAAUCCUUUCUCUGAGGCCUGUCAUUUACCCUCUCAUCCAUCACAAAAUUGGUAAUGGUCGUGAUACUUUCCUUUGGUAUGAUAACUGGCAUCCGUUGGGUUCUUUGUGGGACAAAUAUGCUGAUAGAAUCUUGUAUGAUUCGGGUUUAAAUAGUGAUGCUAAAGUCAGUCAGGUUAUUGAAGGAAACUCCUGGAAAUGGCCUUUUCCCACCUCAUGGGAGCUCAGGGAUCUUAUUUCCCAUCCUAAUAAUUGGAAUCCUAAUUCUUUGGAUAUGGAUAAGGUGGUUUGGUAUCAUAAUCCUGAUGGGGAUUUCACUAUAAAAUCUGUGUGGGACCUGUGGAGGAAUAAGGAAAGCAUUGUUCCGUGGUACAAACUGGUUUGGGGGGCUUACACCAUUCCUAAAGUCAGUUUUAUUGUUUGGUUGGCUAUUCAUGGUAGGUUGAAUACUAGUGACAGACUCCAUUUGUUUGGUAUCUCUCCUAGUACUACCUGUCCUUUUUGCUUGGAUCCUAAUGAGAGUCAUGCUCACAUAUUCUUUGGCUGUACCUUUACCUAUAGUAUUUGGCUUACCAUGCAAGGUAAAUGUAAUAUUCAUUGGAUUGAUAUACCUUGGCCUGACAUUGUUGCUCAUGCCAACCAAGAGGGCCAAGGUAAAUCUCUCAAAGCUAUCAUCACUAGACUUUCCUUUCUUUGUACUGUGUAUCAUGUGUGGAUUGAAAGAAACAAUAGAAUUUUCAACAAGGAAUGUAAACCUGUAGGGGUGAUUAUCAAAUCUAUUGUACUCAUGGUUAAGGAAGCAAUUCCCGAGUUUUGUGAGGUCCUACUACAAUGUCUAGAUGAUGCAUAUCACAAGUUCUCUACUUGGGGUUGCAUCUCCGAAAAUCAAGUUUCGUUGGUGGAUGUGGUGCGGACAUGUGAGGUUAUCUGGUUUCGUGGAAUGGCUGCUUCAUGCGCCUUCUGGGUUGCCCAGAGUGUUAAUCAGUUGUCUUUCAAUAUUUCUCUUUUCUGUAAUUACUAUACAAUCAUAGAUGUUUUGCCUACCCUAGUGGGAUGUACUAGGGAUUAUGGGUUGUACUCUUAUCUUCUAACCUGUGUGCUUGCUCGGUCUUACACUAGGAAGCAUAUGGAUUUGGGUAUGUGGUUUUUGAGUUUUAUUGCUAGAGUUUGGUUGUUUUGGCAUCUAUAUUUGGUGCACCUUUUGGAUCAUUAG